AUGUCAUGGGACGAGCAUAAAGUAACAAGCAUUGACCUGAUAACAAACGACCCAGUUGUAAACGAGGAGUCGAUCAAGGAGGAGUUCCUGAGGUUUGUGGAGACAUUCAAGACACACAAACGAGAGUAUUCGCAUGUGCUGGCAUCGAACAUCAGCCAAGACGACUUUUCUCUGAGUGUGAAACUGGAGCACAUCUACCAAUACUCCGAUAUGCUGUCUCAGGAGCUGUACAGAAGGCCAGAGAAGGUUAUUGAGUGGUUUGAAGAAGCGAUUGCAGGAAAGUACAUAGCAAACAGGAUGAAGGGAUUCCAGCUUCGUCUUGUAUCUGGCGCCAGAUGCACGCCGAUCCGCGAGGUAAAUGCGUCUAAGACAAACCGAGUAGUGAAAAUCCAAGGGAUUGUUGUUUCGGCAUCUUCGGUCAUCACCAAGCCAAGAACUGUGUAUAUUGUGUGUAAGAACUGCCUUACAAGCAAAGAGGUAAGUGAUGUGAUACCGAGGAGUUGCGAAAAGGCAGAGUGCCCAAUAGAUUCGUUUAUGGUUGUUCCAGAAAAGAGCCAAGUUUUCGACAUGCAGUAUGUGAAGAUUCAGGAGUUCUUUGAAGACAUCCCAAUAGGAGAGACGCCGAGACACUUCAGCCUGGUGCUCGAAAAAGGAAUGGUGAACAGUCUUGUUCCUGGAGCAAAGGUUGUGGUUACUGGGAUAUACUGCAUGAGGAUGGUUAGAGAAAGCUCGUUUCCUGUUAUUAAGGUAGUGGGGCUUGAGCACGAAAGCCAAAAAAACCCAAAGAUGUUUACUGAGGAGGAGGAAGAGGCGUUCCGAAAGCUGAGCAAGGAGAAUGCAUAUGAAAAGAUAUCGAGGUCGAUUGCGCCAUCGGUAUACGGGCAUGAUGAUGUGAAAAUGGCACUUGCAUGCAUGCUUUUUGGAGGAACAAGGCGGGUUCUUGAGGAUAAGGUUUCUCUAAGGGGAGACAUAAAUAUCCUGCUGCUAGGAGAUCCUGGCAUGGCAAAGUCCCAGCUUCUGAAGUUCAUGGAGCUUGUUGCUCCAAUAAGCGUAUACACAAGUGGAAAGGGAAGCUCGGCUGCGGGGCUUACAGCAAGUGUGAUACGAGAUAGCAGUGGAGAGUUUUAUCUUGAAGGAGGUGCAUUGGUGCUUGCAGAUAAUGGAAUAUGCUGCAUUGAUGAGUUUGACAAGAUGAAUGAGCAAGACAGAGUGGCAAUCCAUGAGGCGAUGGAGCAGCAGACGAUAUCAAUUGCAAAGGCUGGCAUAACAACGAUGCUGAACACCAGAACGAGUGUUCUGGCAGCAGCCAAUCCUGUGUUUGGUAGAUAUGAUGAUUACAAAACACCCGAGGAGAACAUAGAGUUUGGAGCGACUAUACUGUCAAGGUUCGACUGUAUUUUUAUUCUGAAGGAUAAGCACGGGCCGAAUGACAUUACGGUUGCAAAGCAUGUUCUUUCUGUGCAUCAGAACAAGGGGAAGGAGGAUGCACCUGAGCUUGAAGGGCUUGGGUGUUUUGAAGAUGACAGGCGUGAUGAGACAAAGGACAAUUCAGAAGCACUGCCUGUGCAUAUGAUAAGGAGGUACGUCCAGUAUGCAAAAAGCAAAGUGUUUCCUGUUCUUUGCGAGGAGGCUUCGAGGAGACUAUCAAGGUAUUAUGUAAGUGCGCGAAAAGAAGCAAAGCAGCUCGAAGAUAACGUUUUGAGAAGGAAUUCUAUUCCAAUAACAGUAAGGCAGUUGGAAGCAAUCAUCAGAAUAAGCGAAUCUCUAGCAAAGAUGGAGCUAAGCACAAGAGUUACUGAGAAGCAUGUCGAUGAAGCAAUACGUCUUUUCCGGGCAAGCACCAUGGAUGCUGUUUCGCAAGGUCAUAUGCUGGAGGGAAUGAUGCGGCCAGAUGUGAUUGAUGCGAUUGAGGAUAUAUGCAACAAGAUAAACCAGUUUAUACCAAUAGGAGGAUCUAUACGAUAUAGUGAUUUGGUUAGAAAGCUGAGUGGAAAGGACGAGUGGAUGUGCAAGAAGGCAAUUGAGUACAUGUGCAAACAAGAAAAGCUGGUUCUUAGAGACAUGGGCAAAAUAUUGAUAAGACAGCCUUGA